AUGCUUCCUCCAAGACCAGGAACUUCGAAUUCAGAAUAGGUUUCAGAAUCAAAUUAUUAGAAAAGCAGUAACACAACGAGCUUUAAUCUUAGAGACUAUAAUCAAAAGAGAUUGUAAGGAAAAUCAGGUGUGUAUGAUCGAAGACUAAAUUCUUCAGCUCAUAAUUAAUCUGACGUCAACACAUCUUAGGGAAAUGAAAACUCUCCAUUAAAGGAAAAGGAGUAAGAAGUAGAGGAGGAGACAUAAGGAGAAAGCAAUUACUCAGAUUAGAUUAAUUCCGAAAUCAUAGAGAGUAAAAUGGGAAAUAUCAAUAUCUCUCUAUUUUGGGAAGAGAAAAUAGUAAUGAUAAUCAGAUUUUUUCAAUUCUAUGGAUACCUGAUGAUGAUAUGUUAUGAGGUUUGGCCUUUUUAGUCAAGAAGGGUUUGGUCUGGACUAUUUUUCUUUUUCACAGGCUCAUUUCAAUUUAUGAUCAGUGCAGAUCAAUACUAUUCUGUAAUUCAAUCAAUGAGAUUGAGUGGGUUUAACUUGAUUGGAUAUGUGAUUUUCCUAGUAUUAGUUAUUACAGUAUCGUUUUGCACUGUUUUAUUUUCUAGAAUAUACUUCGGGACUAUAAAGCAGAGAAACAAGAUAAUGAAUUCUAAAUUUGGAUUUCAGUUCCAGAAAUUGUGCAUCUUGCCUAAAUGCAAGAGUAAUGGCUAAUCAAUGAAAUAUGGGUUUUGGUUUUUAGAGAUUAUCUAUUUCCCACUAUUUAUGAAUUUAAUAGAAUAUUCUACUUGCCAAUAUUACUCAUCAAAGGAAGCAAUAUAAGUGGCUAAGUGUAACUUGGAAACAAAUCAAUAUGUUGCAAUGUUGUUUACAGCACUUUUAACAUUUCUGGUUGCUUUUGGCUAUAAUUUAAUACUAGCUUUACAUCUCUAUAGAGAAAAGGUAUCAAAUUUACUUCACGAAGAGUAUUUGGUUAAGAAAGAAAUAGAAUAUGCUCUAGGAAUUUCUGAAAUGUGGAGUACUAGAUUCUUCUACACUUUUUCAUCUUUUAAGGGAGAAGUUGUUAAAAUGUAUCAUAGAGUUAUUUUUAAUGGGCUUUAAUUCGUUCUCAUGAUUGUUCAUGCAUCAAUGCCGGAAAGCCAAGCUAAAAUUGGAAUCACAGUUGGGUUAAUGACAUUAUUUGUAUUCUAUAUUAUAGCAACAAGGCCAUAUAGGAGCUUUAAUUCAAAUGUUUUAAUAUUUAUGCUGUCGUGCACUAUUGUGGUUACUUCUUUCCUACUUCUAUUGAAAAAGGGAGGUCUGAAAUCUGCCUUAUUUGUUGAUAAUUAUUUCUAUGGCUUAUUGAUUGUUGUGAACGCAAUUUUCUGGGUCUCAAUAGCUGCAUUUUUAAUACUAAUCAUCUUGACGAAGUCAAAGUGGGUCACUACUAGAGAGUCAGUAUUAAAAGCUAUUUCAGGCUAAGAUAUCGCAAUAUUUUAUAUUAAAAAAGCAAAGAAAUUUGUAAAAUUAAUCUCAUUAAUUUUUUGUUAGCAAAAGAAAGUUGUUAAAAGUAAAAGAUUUGAGACAAAGGAAUCUAAACUUCUCAACCAUUACUUGAAAACUCUAACAGAUUAGUUCAAUAUGCUUAGAGAUCGACAACCAAUAAUCUUAGAUGCACUCCUAGAGAUAAUAGAGCAACUCAAAGAAAUGAAGAGAAAGUAAAAAUUAAUCUUGAAAAUUUAUCAAUUUUAGCUAUGA